AUGGACAUUACCCAAAUCUCUACCCAACUUUCCCAAACCCCCACAGCAUUCCCAAAUUGCUGCCUCUCCAUCUCCACAACCCUACUAUCCCACCUCGCCUCUCUUCUCCCCCAAACCCCCUCCUUCACCAUCUCAAUCGGUAGUGGAUCUGGCCUCCUCGAAGCCCUCCUCUCUCAUGAACACUAUGUAUCAGUCGAGGGCGUCGAGGUCAACUCCACCGUGAAUCGUUACCUCCCCGAACAACACAUGAACAUCGUCCAGGGCACAUGGGACCUUCAUCCCCGAGUCAAGGACGCCGCAGCGUGGAUGUUUGUGUAUCCGCGCGAGCCGAAACUCGUAUCUAGGUAUCUUGAUGGGUUUACCGGGGGUGAAGUCAAGGUGAUUGUUUGGUUGGGUCCGAGAGCUGAUUGGGCGGAUUAUGAACCGUGUUUUCGCGGCUCGGAGGUGUUUGUGGAUGUUCAGGUGCAGGAGGAUGUGGGGUUGGCGGAGUUUGAGAUGUUGGUUGUUAUUAGGAGGCGAGGGAAGGGGGUAGGGAUGAAUUAG